AAAUCCCAAAAACAACAUCUUUAUAAAAAUGACCACAGUGAGGGCUCUGUUAUCUGAGAAUCCAGCUGUGAUUUUUAGCAAAACAACAUGUUGUAUAAGCCAUUCGAUCAUAUCACUCAUAAGAAAAUUUGGAGCAAAUCUUAUUAUUUAUGAGCUUGAUGAGCUUUCUAAUGGAGAUGGAAUUGAAGAAGAGUUAAUGGAGUUAGGUUGCAGCCCUAGUGUGCCAGCUGUUUUCAUAGGGAAGAAGCUUGUUGGAGGUGCUAAUGAGAUUUAUAGUCUCAAUUUGGAAAGCAAGCUUAAACCACUACUCAUUGAUGCUAAUGCUAUUUGGAUGUAGGUUGCAAUAUUAAUACAAGGUGUACCUCAUCUAUCAUGUUUUUAUGUUCUUUUUGCUGUUUUAAAUAGGGUUUAAAUCGGCUAAUAAUGAUGUCAAGUAUUGUAACGUAUACAUGGCAUAUAUAUUAUACUUUUCUAUUAGCGAUAGUUUUGACUUUGAAUAAGUUACAUUUUGUUAACUUUAAAUUAUGGUUAAAGUGAUAUCUUUUGUAACAAUAAGCGCUAAAUGCAAUAAAUAAAAAUCGUACUUUCGCUUUUUUUUUUUA